AUGGGAAAUGAAAAAUAUCAAGUUGAAUAUCCAAAUUCAAAGUACCUAUCAAAUUUAAAUAACUUAAAUCAGACCAAUCAAAGUGUUUCUUUAAAUAGGCUUCCAACUUUAGGUGAAAUUUUGUCAAAUAAAUCAAAAACACCAGUUGAUUUAUUCACAUUUUAUCAAUUUAUGAAAGAUGUUGAGAAUAAAGUUGAUUAUUUAGAUUUUUGGUUUGAUUUAAUAAAUCAUUUAAAUUUAUGUAAACAUUAUGUUAAAGGUUUAAGAGAUUCUAUAAUUAGACAACUGAGUACUUUCCAUAAAGAAUCACCAAAUUUAAGAAAUUCAAAUGUGUCAUCAGAUAAACAUAAAUCAUUAAGCUCAUCCAUUUUAUUAGAUUUAAUUAUUAAUGAUAACAUAUUGGACGAAAAUGAUUCGCAUAGAUUAUCAGCAUUUUUGAGAGGUGAUAUAAAUUUAGAUAAUUUAGAUCCAAAAUUAAAAGAUUUAAUUGAACAAUAUAAUGCUGAAACUGAAGGUAAAAGAACGUCACAAUCUCCAAAUUUAGGUAGAUCUUCACCAAGUUUUUUGAAUAAAAAUAGAGUUAGUUCAAAUUCAAAUUUAUUAGAUCAUCAGGAUUCAUCAGAUUCGCUAUAUGAAAAUCAAUUAGAUAUAGGCACUGCUGAUCGUGCUGUUAGUGCAUCAAAAUAUGUAUCAUUACAAUCUGGAGAUUAUAUACAACCAAACAAACCAUUUUCAGAUAAAGUAACUCCUCCACAACAACAUGAUUUUGAUAAAAGACAUUCAACUAUAAAUCCAUCUUUAUUGGAAAGAUUAAUAAUGGAUUCACCUGCAAAUUCUACAGGUAAUAGAUCAUUUAUAACAAGAGAUAAUUUACGUGAAUCAUCACAUAAUUUAUUAUUAAAAUAUUUUGUUGAUGAUUCGGAAAAGAAUUUAAAUUUACCAUUAAUAUUAAAUUCAUAUAUUAUAAAAUCAAUAGAAGUUGAUGGAAGAGAUGAUCCUAGUAUUUUCAAUUAUGUUAAAAAUUAUGUAUUCAAUAAAUUAGAAAAUGAUCAUUUACCAAAAUUUCUUGAUUUUAUGGCUACAAGAAAUAUAAAUCAUUCAAAUUAUUUUAGAAUAAUAAUAGGUUUCUUUUUCUUAUUUAUUGGAUUUUGGAUAAGUUUUAUAUUUAUAUUUUUAAAUUAUAGAAAGGGUUUAAGACCAGUUAUAAUAAUACCAUUUUUAAUUGGAUUCUAUCUAAUUAUAAGUUCAAUAUAUUUAAUUGAUCCAAUAUUAGCAUGGUUUGGAUUAGUUGAAACAUUUUCAACAUCAGAAAAUACAUCACUAAUAAGAAUUAGAGAACGAUUUAUUUAUAAUUUUAUUUUAAAAAGAAGUAUAUGGGUUUUAUUUUUGAUUUUAUUAUUUACUGCAAUUUUAACAAUUGUGUUUAGUUUGGUACCUGGUCAUCGAUUAUGA